AUGCCGGCCUACAACUCCGUCUUCAACGAGGACCCGAACCCUCCCCGCCUCAUCGGCAACUUCCCGCUCCUCCCGCUGCGCACCAAGACCCGCGGCCCGGCCUACACCCUCCCCCUCGACCCCUCCCUGCCGCCCGCCGAGUCCCCCGACCCGGACAGCGAGAGCUACGACAUCCUCGACGAGGUGCUGUCGCUCUUCCGCGCAAACACCUUCUUCCGCAACUUUGAGAUACAGGGCCCCGCCGACAGACUCCUCGUCUACGGUAUCUGGUUCCUCAGCGACUGCCUGUCCAAGAUCAAGCCUCACGCGACCGUCCGCGAGGCCCAGAAGGAUGUCAUGAACCUGGCGCUCGACCUCAACUUUGCCAUUCCCGGCGACCCGGCAUUCCCGCUGAACCAGAUGUACGAGGCGCCCAGGGACCGACAGGACGCCGAGCAGCUCAAGCAGUACAUGUCGCAGGUGAGGCAAGAGCUCGCGACCCGGUUACUCGCCAGGGUAUACGCCGACGACGAGUCCAAGCCCAGCAAGUGGUGGCUGAGCUUCACCAAGAGAAAGUUCAUGGGCAAGGCGCUGUAG